GAUCUGCCUGCCUGACUUGUUAUCUGCUGUUUGUCUGUAGAAUACACCUUCUACACCUUACCAAGACUUCUUGAUCGAGUUAGCAGAGUUGGGGACAACGGACCAGAAUAGUCUAUCGAGUCGCUGAAUCAUUGAUCCUUCGUUCGUUCGAGUAAGACGCAUCAGUAAUCGCAUUCAAGCAAUAACGAAGCAUAACAAAUUGGCGACGGUGGUUUUUCGAUUAUGGACCCUGCAAAACUUGAACUGUUACUUGAGCAGCAGCUAAAAUUGAUGCAAAUGUUAAUGGAGACCAAGGUUACGCCUCCUUUACAGCCAAGCACGUCGAGCUCAACCACGGCACCAUCGGUAGAUGGCAUCGCAAACAGCAUAGCUGAAUUUCAUUACGAUCCUGAUUCUAAUGUUACUUUUGAGAUGUGGUUCAGGCGUUAUGAAGAUCUAUUUAAAUUUGAUUUCGCCAAUCAAGAUGAUGCUUGGAAAGUGCGGCUGCUACUUCGUAAACUGGGUGCAAAUGAGCUGGACAAGUAUUGCAAUCUGAUCUUGCCGUUGAACCCACGUGAUCGAUCAUUUGCAGACACAGUUCAAACAUUAAUCCAGCAUUUUGGCGAUAACUCGUCACUGUUUAAUACUCGUUAUCGUUGCUUGAAGCUAACUAUGAACGAAGAUGAUGAUUUUCUUACGCAUGUGGGCGUCGUCAACCGUGAAUGCGAACGCUUCCGGUUAAAGUCCUUGACUGAAGAUCAGUUUAAAGCCCUGAUCCUUAUUUGCAGCCUACAGCACCAAAAGUUCAGUGACUUACGAACAAGGCUACUAAGUCGUUUGGAUCAAGAACCGAAACUCACCCUGAGUGAUAUAGCUAAUGAAUAUCAACGUCUCAUUAAUCUUCAACGAGACACUUCUAUGGUCCAGAGUGGUGGUUCUAGCCGAUUUGAAGUACGAGCGGUGCAACAGACACCUCACAAAAACAAACACGUCCCCGCUUCAUCCAGUCCAUCUCACUACAGCUCUAGACGACAGACUAAAGCAACUCCUCCUGCUCCUUGCUGGCAAUGUGGUGCAUGGCACUACGUUCGAAACUGCCCAUUUAAACAACAUCGAUGCAAGAAGUGUAAGGUUAUUGGCCAUAAGGAUGGGUUUUGUCUGUGGAAGAAGACUCCAAGUCAAUCAAGAAAUACCAACAAGACCUGUCCUAGAUCCCGCACCAGUUCAUUGAGCUUAGUAUCUUCGUGUCAAAGCUCAUCACCAAGUCAGAGAAAAUUUAUUACCGUUAACAUUAAUGGGCACCCAUCUAGAUUGUAAGUAGACACUGCAUCUGAUGUAACAAUUCUCUCACGAAAAUAUUGGAUCAGAAUGGGAAGACCACGCAUGGUUCCAACAACACAAAAACCUCGAACUGCAUGCGGUAAUUACCUACGUUUGUUGGGACAACUAGAUUGUAAAGUGUCUUUUCACGAUUCGACGUUUACCGGUGUAUGUUACAUCACACCAGCUGAUCUUAAUCUACUUGGGUUAGACUGGUUUGACCAGCUACAUUUAGCUGACGUUCCUUUAAGCACCGUAUGCCAUCUGGUGAAACAACCUCAUGAACCUGAAGCAUAUUCGAAAGAACUAAUGACGGAGUUUCCAACCAUUUUCCAACCUGGAUUGGGUCGCUGCUCUGUCAUGAAAGCAACACUUCGAUUGAAAACUGGGGCUAAGCCUGUUUUUCGCCCAAAGAGACCUGUCCCUUAUGCAACAUUACAAACAGUAGAUGAAGAAUUGAACCGCCUUCAACAACAAGGAGUUAUCACUCCCGUUUCCUACUCUGCAUGGGCAGCACCUAUCGUGGUUAUUAAGAAGGCCAACGGCACGAUACGUAUAUGUGCUGACUUUUCAACAGGUCUCAAUGCAGCUCUGGAACAACAUCAUUAUCCCUUGCCUGUUCCCGCAGACCUAUUUACCAUGCUGAAUGGGGGAAGAUUUUUCGCUAAGCUGGAUCUAGCUGAUGCUUAUUUGCAACUGGAAGUAGACGAAGCAUCAAGAGAGCUGUUAACUAUCAAUACUCAUCGUGGUUUAUUCCAGUAUAACCGUCUACCUUUCGGAGUCAAAACUGCACCAUCUAUUUUCCAACAGCUAAUGGAUACCAUCCUAUCAGGUAUCCCGGGAGUCGCGGCUUAUUUGGAUGACAUUUUAAUUGUAGCAACGACAUUAGAACAACUACGAGAACGCACGAAAUUGGUACUGCAACGCAUCAGUGACAACGGGUUCCGGUUACGCCCAGAGAAAUGCCAGUUUCAUUUGCAGUCGGUAAAGUACUUGGGGUUCAUUUUCGAUGCCGAUGGCCGCAGGCCGGAUCCUGAGAAUAUCCGAGCUAUCAAACUGAUGCCAACUCCUACUAAUGUCUCAUCACUACGUUCCUUCCUGGGACUUGCCAGCUAUUACUCAGUGUUCGUUCCAUCGAUGCAUGAUAUUCGCGCUCCACUCAAUAGCUUACUGCAGAAGAACAGCUCUUGGAACUGGACUAAACAAUGUGACGCUGCCUUUUGUAAACUGAAGUCCAUUAUUAGUUCGGAAUUGCUGUUGACACACUACGAUCCAGCCUUGCCGAUCAUCGUAGCUGCAGACGCUUCAGCGCAUGGCCUAGGCGCUGUUAUCUCCCAUCAGUUUCCGGAUGCGUCGGAAAAAGCCAUUAUGCAUGCAGCCCGUACACUAACCCCAGCAGAAAGAAAGUACAGUCAAAUAGAAAAAGAGGCUCUGGCUCUUGUGUUUGCAGUACGCCGUUUCCACAAAUUCUUGUACGGUCGAAGAUUUACUCUUCUCACUGAUCACAAGCCUCUUCUCACAAUUUUCGGUUCGAAAUCUGAUGUUCCAGCCCAUUCUGCAAACCGUCUCCAACGAUGGGCUUUGAUACUUCUGGGUUAUGAUUUUGACAUUCAGUAUCGGCGCACUCAACAGUUUGGUCAGGCUGACGCCUUGUCACGACUUAUCAGCGAACACCAUACGGCCGGCGAAGAUACAGUUAUCGCCUCCCUGAUGACAGAGGACUACGCGCAGUGCUACCUGACAACUGCUAUUCGUGCUUUGCCAGUCUCAGCAGCUGAAAUACAAUCUGCAUCCAAGAACGACUCCAUCAUAAAGAGAGCGAUGAAAUACGUCACAAAUGGCUGGCCGCCGACUGGACUCGAUGGUGACUUGAAACAGCUUUACCAUCGUCGUGACUCAUUAUGCGUCGUAAACGAAUGCUUGAUGUUUGGAGAUAGAGUAGUGGUACCAGAAUCCCUAAGAUCAAAGGUGCUAAAGCAAUUCCACACUGGUCAUCCUGGUAUAAAACGAAUGAAAUCCAUCGCCAGAAGCUAUGCUUAUUGGCCCCUCAUGGACCAACAUAUCGUGGAUUUAGUAAGCAAGUGCACACAAUGUCAGCAAGCAGCUAAGUGUAACGCGAAAAUACUACCAGUCCCAUGGCCACAGCCUGAGUAUCCCUGGUCCAGGAUACAUGUCGAUUUCGCAGACCCAAUCAACGGAAUCACCUAUCUAGUUGUUGUCGACGCCUUUUCGAAAUGGCCUGAAAUCAACCCUAUCAUACCGCCAGCGACAACUAAAACAAUACAGAUCCUCACAGAAAUUUUCUCUCGAAAUGGUAUACCAGAUGCUAUUGUGUCUGACAACGGGUCACAGUUCACCUCCAGCCAAUUCCAGUCAUUCUGUCAACGACUAGCCAUAAAGCACUUACGCUCGCCACCAUACCACCCGCAGUCGAAUGGGCAAGCAGAAAGGUUUGUGGAUACGUUUAAGAGAGCCUUGGCUAAAACAAAGGGGGAGGGGACGCCAGCAGACGCGUUGCAAAAUUUCUUAUACGUGUAUCGAACAACACCAAAUGAAACGUUGCCGGAGCGAAAGUCCCCAGCCGAGAUCCUAAUGGGAAGAAGAUUGAAGACAAUCCACAGCCUGAUGCAUCCAAGGAAUGCACCGACACCAGUACGGACAAAGUUUGAAAAGCAAUCCACGUACGAAGUUGGAUGUCCGGUGUUUGCCCGUGAUUACAGACCGACCCAUAGUCCAUGGACAGAAGCGCGAGUGGUCAAAAGAGUUGGCCGAGUCAUGUACGAAGUUGAGGUAGGUAGUGACAGGUGGCAACGCCAUCGGAAUCAGUUACGCAAACGGUUAGCCCCAGACCGCCCAUCAACAGAAUCAAAUAUUCCUCUUGACAUUCUGCUAGACACAUUCAACUUACCGGCAACCCCACCACAAGAAAAACCUCAACAACAAACUGAAACACGUCCAAGACGGUGGCCUAUCCGAGAAUGGCGAGCAACAAUCAGGAUGCAGGUUGACCCCAGGAAAGCCCGCUAUUAAAAAGGGGAGGAGUGUUGGGGA